UCGUGCAACGGACAUUUCUUGCCAGUUGAGCUGCGUACGCGCAUACUACGAGAUCAUUAUAAAUCAUUAAUUAAUUUGUAACAUAUUACAGUUGCCGCGCGUUCGAUAUAUAAGUGCGUGUUGUGUAUUAGUGUUUGUGAUUUUUUUCUGUUGUUUUUAAAAGAUAUUAGGCAAACAUGGAACCACUGCAGGUUGAAAUUGUCCACUUUUACCCCAGAGAGAAUGCAAAACCACAUAAUACUACAAAAUACGAGGUGGUGAAUGAAGAGAACCCGACGGUCACCAUCGUGCGACGUGGCCAGCCGUUCAGUGGAGUGGUGCGGUUCACCAGACCUUACGAUGAAGCCAACGAUAUCAUACAGCUGGUGUUUUCUAUUGGCGACCAGCCAUCGAUGGACACUGUGGGAAGGAUGUUCGUGCGCCGUGAUGCUGUACCGGACAUACACGCAUGGACAGCCACUCUCCUAGACGUGCAGGAUGGAAACACCGUCUCUUUCAAGGUAUCAGCUCCGGUCACCGCGCCAGUGGGUGCCUGGGUGCUCCGUGUGGUCACAUGGCAGAGGGAUGGCGGGGAACGCACUGUCUACGACUUCGAUCAGGACAUCUACAUCCUCUUCAACCCAUGGAUUCCUGAUGACCAAACCUACAUGGAAGAAAAAACUCUACUUCAGGAGUACGCGCUGAAUGAUGUGGGCAAAGUAUGGGUUGGUCCCGUGAAGACAACUAGAGGGAAACCAUGGCUGUUUGGGCAGUUCGAUGCCGUCGUGCUGCCUGCCUGCAUGUUUAUGCUGGAUAGAGCUGAUUUGCCUUUCAAGCACCGUGGUGAUCCAGUAAAGGUGACUCGUGCCAUCUCCCGUAUCGUGAACUCCAACGAUGAUGGUGGUGUACUAGUGGGUCGUUGGGACGGGAUGUACGACGAUGGAACAGCUCCGUCCGAGUGGACCGGCUCCGUGGACAUCCUGGCCCAAUUCUUGGAGACACAGGAACCUGUGUCUUACGGACAGUGCUGGGUCUUCGCUGGUGUUGUCACUACUGUGUGCCGUGCCCUCGGUAUCCCAUCUCGAGUAGUCUCCAACUUGGUAUCAGCUCACGACGCCAACAGCACCCUGACCGUGGACAAAUACUUCUCGGAGACUAUGGAGGAGCUGGGCUACGAUCCUAGCAACGCUGAACCAGAACAGACCGAUUCCAUCUGGAACUACCACGUUUGGAACGAUGUUUGGAUGUCCAGACCUGAUCUGCCUGCUGGUUAUGGAGGCUGGCAAGCCAUUGAUGCUACUCCUCAGGAGACUUCCCGAGGAAUGUACCAGUGCGGUCCAGCUCCUCUAGAAGCCAUCAAGCAAGGAGCCAUAGGAAUGAACUACGAUGUGGAGUUCAUGCUGGCGUCAGUCAACGCUGACCUGAUGAAGUGGAGGAUCGAUCCUAACUUGGAAACUGGUUUCGCUAUGGUCGGCAGCAAUACUUACCACAUUGGCCGCAUGAUCCUCACGAAGAAACCGUACGUGUUUGACCCCAACGGUGAUGAGGACCGGGAGGAUAUCAUCGACCAGUACAAGUUCAGGGAGGGCACAGCCUCUGAGCGACUUGCUCUCAUGAACGGAGUUCGGUUCUCUGAGAGAGCUAAGAGAUAUUACUCGGUAGCUAGCAGUAUGCAAAAUGACAUCAAUUUCAAACUGUGUGACGUGGACACAGUGCCUAUUGGACAAGAUUUCAAGGUCAUCGUUGAUAUUGAGAAUACAUCUAGUGAGGGCCGCAACAUAAAGGCAUCUCUGACAGCGAACAGCGUGUACUACAACGGAGUGAGAGCUGGUGUCAUCAAGAAGGCUGAAGGACACAUGUUUAUCAAUGGUGGCAAAAGGGACCAGAUCGUGCUCUCGGUGAAAUCGGACGACUAUCUGCCAAAGUUAGUGGAAUAUGAAAACAUGAAGAUCUCUGCAAUGGCUAUCGUGAUGGAGACCAAGCAAUCCUGGGCGGAGGAGGACGACUUCCAGAUCAUCAAGCCUAAUAUUAACAUCAAGUUCAACGAAGACUUGAUCUGGAACCAGCCAGCGACAGCGAUCCUCUCGUUCACGAAUCCCCUCGACCGUGGCCUGACUGGGUGUGAGUUCAGACUGUCCUCUUCAGGCAUCGAAGGCCGCACCCUGAAGCUGCAGGCUUCUGAUGCUGCACCCAAGGAACCAAUCAGCGUGGAGAUACCUAUACUGCCUAAAAAACCUGGCAGCAUCAACUUCGUGGCGACUUUCAAGUCAGCAGAACUGAAGGACAUCAACGGAGCAGCAACGGUAGAAGUAUACGAAGCAUAGAGCACCUUAUUCUUUAGUCACUAAGGCUUAAUUUACGUUACAACCAUUAUUUUUGUACUUUAUUCUAGAUUUUUACGAGUAUACUUUAGUCAUGUUUAUUUAAGAAUUUUAUAUUUUUUUUAAUCUUCAAAAAUACGUAAAUUAAAAAAAAUUGAAGUAUUUUAUUUUUUGUUAAUUUUUAAAAUAGUUUUAUGUGAGUCGUAUGUGCCAAUGUAUAUUUUUUUAUUAUUGUAAGGAAAAAUAUAUUACUAUGAAGGCAGCGCCAAGGAUCAGUACAUUAACCGCCGUACUCAGAGUCAUUUAAUGAUUACUUAAACUAUUCCUUAGUAACGAUUUUGUAUCGAAAACAAUUGCUAAGGACUGGGUUAAGUAACCAUUAAAUGACUCUGAGUGUGGCAGUUAGCUUGUAAGAUUAGUUUGAAAGCCAUAUCUAAAAAUAUAUUUUUUUAUAUUCGACAUAAUGUGCCAUAGUAUGGCUGGCAUUUUUUAAUUCUCUAGUUUUAUUUUUUUAUAAUAAUUUGUAAUUUACGAAAAUAAAUCGAUCUUAUUUUAUAUCCGGGACAUAGUCCCGUAAAAUUAAGUUAAAAUUUAUAUUUUGUUACACAAAAAGUAAUAAAAGUUUUAUAAGUAA